AUGGACAACAUCCAACGGGUGGCAGUCACCGGCGCCGGCCCCUGCGGCCUGGGAGCAGCCAAAUACCUCGUGGCAGAGCAGCAUUUCUCGCAGAUUGUGCUCUUCGAACAGCGGCCAGAGCCCGGGGGCGUGUGGAACUACACGGGGGAGGAGGAUGCCUCCCGGGGGUUCGCGCAGCCCCGACCAGCGCCUGAGGGGAGGCCGCAGCAGCCGCUGGCGGACGGCAGGUUUGCGUCGCCGGCGUACGAGACGCUGGAGACGAACAUUCCCAGCUGCAUCAUGAACUUCAUCGACGCCCCGUUCCCGCCGGGCACCAGCCUGUUCCCCAAGCAUACUGUUGUGCGCGAGUAUCUCCACCGGUACGCCGACGAGCUGCGGCCCUUGAUCCGCUAUCAGACGCAGGUGCUGGACGUGGUCUCCGUGCCAGCCUCGCAGGGAGCGGGCUGGACGGUGACCUGGCGCGAUCUCUCCACGCAGGACAUGGCCGACCAACAGUUUGACGCCGUGGUCGUGGCCAACGGGCACCAUAAUGACCCCUAUAUCCCCUCCAUCCCGGGCCUCGCCGAGUGGGCGACACGACACCCGGGAUCCAUCAGCCAUUCGGCCUCGUUUCGCCAUGCAGGGCCGUUUACAGACAAGAAAGUCAUUGUGGUGGGCAACUCGGCGUCCGGCAUUGAUAUCGGCGCCCAGAUUGCCCAGGUCUGCCGGCGGCCACUGCUCAUCUCGGAACGCACGGCGAGCACGCUGACGCCGGCGCAGCAGGGCGUGGCGACGCUGGUGCCGGAGAUCAGCACUGUCGACGGCGAGACCCGCUGUGUGACGCUCGCCGACGGGCGUGUCGAGCGCCAGGUCGACCAUAUCGUCUUCUGCACGGGAUACCACUUCUCGGUGCCCUUCCUGGGGCGUUUGGAUCCGCCGGUGGUGACGGACGGCGUGCGUCCGCACCGGCUGUAUCAGCACAUUUUCUACUCGCCGCAGCCGACGCUGGCGCUGGUGGGCUUCCCGCAGCGGAUCGUGCCCUUCCCCGUCAGCCAGGCGCAGGGGGCCUGGAUUGCGCGGGUGUUCGCCGGGCGGGCGGCACUCCCCGACCAGGAAGAGAUGGACCGCUGGGAGAGCGCGUGGGAGGCGGCGCGAGGCAGCGGCCGGGCCUUCAAUGCGAUCCCCUUCCCGCUGGACGCCGACUAUAUCAACACCCUGGCUGCGCUGAGUGCGGCGGCGACACCGCGUCCGGGGCUCGAGAAUGGGGGCGCAGGCCGCCGGCCGCCGUUCUGGGGCGCCCGAGAGCGCUGGCUGCGCGAACGCUUCCCGCUCAUCAAGCGAGCGUCGAAGGCGCUGGGCAGCCGGCGCAGUGAGGUCACCACGCUGGAGGAGUUGGGGUUUGAUUACGCCGCUGACAAGGCGCAGCUGUAG